UCAGGAAGUUGCAACAUCAUUGAACAGGAUGUGUGAGAGAAGCACAUUGAAAGAAAAAAUGAUAAUCAACCAUAAACUGAGAAAAAUAGGACACAACCUCAAAUAGGAGCAUCACAGCGGAGCAGCCGGCCCCCUAACAGCCCUCAUACAGGACUGCAGCAGGACUUCACACAUCUGGUCAGGAUGAAGAGGAACCCACAGGAGGAAAUUGAGGAAAUCAUAGAAGAAGCUAGCUAUGUUAAUGCUCCAGUAUGUACUGUGGAGAAAGUGGCAGCCCCUCCAGACCAGAGGUCUCUCUUCUUCUCUCGGUCUUCUCCACUGAUAGCAGUGUGUUGGCUGAUACUGUUAGUCAUCAUGGGCCUUCGUAUCUACUUUGGUAUUGUCUUAGAAAGCAAGAUCACAAACCUGACUGCAGACGUCCAGAACCUGACAACACGAAACCAGCAGCUGGAGACCCAAAACCAGCAGCUGGAGACAAACUGGAAUAAACUCUACGUCAGUCGAGCUCAGUGGAGCAUUGAUGCCUACUGCCCCAAAGAUAAAGGGAGACAGUGUGCAGCUUGUCAGAAUGGCUGGUUACUCAGAGACUCCAACUGCUAUAUGUAUCAUAACGCUGCUCCUCCUGAUCAGAAAACCUGGGAAGAAGCUCGACAAGACUGCAGAGGAAGGGGUUCAGAUUUGGUUGUUGUACAAAGUCAAGAGGAAAAG